AUGGCCUUGGUUGUCUUCGACUACGACUGGAGCUUGAUCAACGACAACUCGGACACGUUCGUCUUCAAGGAGCUCCAGCCUGCGCUGCUCGACCACCUCAAGCAGCUCACGGCGAGCGGCGUGCAGUGGACGGACGCUGUCGAUCAAACGCUUGGGCAAUUGACGUCGACGACGCGCGAAGAGCUCAUCGAGGCCAUUGCGCGCGUGCCCGUCCAGCCUGGUAUGCUCGAGGCGGUGCGCUUCGCCCACGCCCAAGGCGCCGAGGUUAUGAUUGUGAGCGACGCCAACACGGUGUUCAUCGAGAGCAUGCUGGCGCUGCACGGCUUGCAGGACAUUGUGCGCCACGUGUUUACCAACCCCGGGACGUUCGACGGCAACAUCCUGCGCGUGCACCCGUUCCAUCCCAAGGCCGACGCGCCCCACGGCUGCCCCAAGUGCCCCGUCAACAUGUGCAAGGGGUCCAUUUUGCGGACGAUCAAGGCAGCCAAGCCGUACACCAAGAUCCUCUACAUCGGUACGACGACCGUCCAUGCUGCCGCUCGCAUCUUGAUCGGUUCUAGGCGAUGGCGGCGGGGACUUUUGCCCGACGUCCGAGCUCUCCUCGAACGACUAUGCUCUGGCCCGCGCCGAGUACGAGCUCGCCAAGCGCCUCGCCGCGUCGCCUGUCAGCGUCAACGUGCGCACGUGGUCGACCGGCGACGACAUUUUCGCGCUCUUCCGCGAGCUUUUGGGCUAAGACGACGCUAA